UGAAGUGUUACAAACUGUCUUCAGGUCUGUGACUUCAGGCACAGAUUUUGUCACCAGCCUGUCUUUGGUUAAAUAUGAUUCACUUUAAAAUUGCACACUUACUGAAGCUUUCUAUAUAUUUACAUCGUUAAUGUCUUUGUUUACAGUAGUCUGCACAGAAGAACUAAAGCAUAUUGAAAAUAUCUCCAGGCAGCUGUCACAGUUAAAAAUAAUACAUCUAAAAUGUCUAUCAGUGUUGGAGAGAAAUGCAGAGAGAACAUGUUAGCACAUUAAUUUACAUGGUGUAUGUUUGUCACAUAUUAAGGUUAUAAAUUCAUUAAGCAAACAUGUUUACUGAAUGAGAAUCUGUUGCACUUUACAUUGUUGUUACAGUGAAAGUGCACGGUAAACAGAACACUGUAUCAAAAAUGCUUUUUAAUUAUACUCAUUUUGGCCAUGUAGGCGUCUGUUGAAACUUAAAGGAACACUUAAAAUUUGUCUUCAAGUUUAUAACCAGGCUCACACAUGCGAGCAGACAAUCUGACAUUAACAUUUACAGAGCGUGGAGUUUAUUUCCACAGUACAUCAAUACAAGCAUUACAGUAUCAAACAUGCAUGGGUGAGACACAGACGUCAGCAUGAUAAGCAAUAUUUAAAUUGUCAAAUGGCAGAUGUAGACAAGGGGAGAAAGUGGAAAACAAAAAUGACAAUUUAACUUUGUGAUGCCUUAAGUAAGUUGUCAUUUUGACCAGCAGAGAAAAAAAUUCAGAGAAAUAGUUAACGAUGGUAAAUGAUUUGGAAGACUUAUCUCUAAAAUUAAAAUAAGAAAACAGAUCAAGUUGCAAGAAGCUGAUGGUGUGUUCGUCAUGUAUUAAUAAGAUAGAAACAAAAGGAUGCAGGAGGAAUCUCUUGGAGGGGUGGAGAAAAUGUGCACAUUACUACGUUCCGUUGUCACACACAAUCUCUAAGACAGUAAGAGCUGUACGUCUUGUCUCUUCUAAAAUUUCCACUAAAAUCUAUUAACAGUGCUCUUUUCUCUGUAACAAAUGAUGUCAAACUAGCUUUGUGUUCUCAGUUAAAACAUAAUUCCUCAUGAAGAAUGUUAACACGGCUUCAGCAAGAAAGCAAAAAAAAUUUUUUGCAUUUGUCCACAGCAUGGGCCAUGGCUAGUGAGUUACACCAUAUCUUUUAUGUGGCAAUGAUUUUUUUUCUGAAGAGGAGAAGAGAAAGAGGGGAAAAUGAGACAGAGGGCUAGUUUGAUUAACAUCAAAAUCAUGUUGUCCCCAUUGCUGCACUGCAGGGGGCGACAUGUCCAGAGCCGCUCCUGCAGACACGGGGUGAUCCACAAUGGUACAAAACGACAGUCCUGUCAUAUGUAUGUCAGUUUUCUGGCAUGCCUGAUCCUUAAGAUGAAAUCAUUGCAGUGAAAGAAAUUUCAUAGAUUUUAGUUUUUUCAAUAACUUCUUGUUAUGGGGUCAUCAUUCAAUAUCUUUAAAUGCGUUCAGAUAGCUGGUAAGAGAAGAGAGCAACAGUUCUGCUGUGUUUGGAUAUGAGAUGAGGAUACACAAACAACAUUACAUUCUUCUUUCAGAGUAACACAAACCCUAUUGGUGCUUAUUAACAGCAGUGAGAUCAACCAGUCAUUUUCUCUGCAUUCCAGUCUCGAUAAAAUCAUGCAGAUGAAGCUGUGGCUUGGUGGCAGGUAAUUAGGACCUUCAUACACUGUAUUUACAGGUGAAGGUAUAAGCAUCAUAUAAUUGGCUUGCCAUAAUGUGUGAAUGUCUGUUCUAAUGUAUUUAUGACAGCUAAUCAGGCUUAGGGAAGCUGGGUCAGCACAUAGUUGUGUAUGUGUGUGUGUGUGUGUGUGUAUCUGUAAGCAGCAGGGUGGGUCAGCUUCGAGGAGCACAUGUGUAGCUUUUUCUUCAUGUUCCUGUACUCUAAAACUCUCGAAAUACAUUAAAUGGGAUUUAAAGCUUCACUGUCCAACAUAAUCGACAAGGUAAGUUUUAAAUCAGAUCAUAUGAGAUUAAUAUACACAAUACAAUGUAAGUAAAGUAUUCUUGAUACUUUGUAGAUAUCCUUUCCUGUCCUAUGGCUUCUUUUAUAACUUAUUGCAUUUUGUGUACAGAACAUUUAUAAUAAAUACAUCUGAAGCACAAGCUAAGUCAGAUUCCUGUACAAUAUGUAAAAUGACUACAAAAGAAAACAACAAGUACCAGUUUAACAAGGUGUAUCACUGCCAAAAAAAAGCUCACAUACACCAACAAGAAGGUGGCUGGCAUUAGGUUGUUAGAUGGUCAAGUUGGGGCAUAGUCCUUUUCAUCUUCCGUGUGAUUGCUCGGGCUGAUGUUAGGGGUUUCCCAUUGUGCAGGAUGAUGCCGACCUUGACCUCACACAUACCAGUGCCACGACCUUCCUACACUCAGGCAAGGGAGAACCUGGUAAAGGCGAUCCCACCCAAGCUCCUCUGUCUGCUGGGCUGUGGAGGAAAAGACUGCCGCUAUGAAGGGCCUGAGUGCUGGAAACCAAACCAACAGGUCAUUCGAGGACUUUUCUCCUCCUGGGUCACAGAUGAUAUUAUUGCCAUGGCACGACCAUCCAAUCAUCUAAUUGAGAAGUACAACAUCAUAGAACAAUUUCGAAGGUUGAACGUCAGAUCGAUAAUCAACAUGCAGCUUCCAGGAGAGCAUGCUCACUGUGGACCACCCCUUGACCCUGAAAGUGGUUUCACCUACUCUCCCCAGAUCUUCAUGGAGAAUGACAUUUACUUUUACAACUUUGGGAUGCCAGAUUUCGGUGUGUCCUCUCUUGUUGGUGUAAUUGAUGGUGUGAAGGUUUUGGCCUUUGCAGUAAGAGAAGGAAGAGUGGCUGUGCACUGCCAUGCAGGUCUAGGCAGGACAGGUGUCCUGAUAGCCUGUUACUUGAUUUACACCCUGCGCAUCAGCCCGAGCGAGGCUGUCCACUAUGUGCGGAUAAAACGGCCUCGCUCUAUCCAAACUCGAGCACAGAUCAGCCAGGUGUUUGACUUUGCUCGCUUGCUUGGUACGCAGCUAGUUCAGUACCCAGACCUCAGUCUGCGGCACGGAGCCCCUUUCACCCUGCAGCACUAUCUAAACCGACAGGCUCUACUGCUGCAUGGUCAGGAGGCACGCACCCUCAGACAUACACCAAAGGUGGUGUACCUCCUGUGUGUGCGUCUCUCCUGUUUAGCCCUGGGCCUCCCUGCUCCUCCAGACGUCCACGCUGAGCUGGAAAAGAGGUCAGCACUGAAGAUCCUGAGCAGGACUGUGAGGGAGACCCUGGUGGCCAAACAGUACUUACCCCUACUGAGGGCAGGUCAUAAGGGCUCGUGGAUGGAGUCAGGGUCGUUGUCCUCCUGGGAUGAGCCACUGGGAUUCUUGGAGAGGAAGGGAGAGGUGCUGCUGGACAAACGCAGCUACAGUGACUCUGACCUCAGCAAGAUUGCAGCACAGGAGGAUCCAGAGUUGAGUCCAUACUCCAAUCCAGCGCUUGGAAAUGAAAGACAGUGGCGUGUGCAGGAUCUGAUACGAACAGUUAGUCCGAUUCUUGCUACACUUUCUCCAGGCCACCAGACCACCAAAAAGGAAACCCGUAUCAACGUCCCAAUAUCUAGCAUGAGAACAAGCACCAACUGUACUAAAAGGUCUAAGGGCACAACUAAAAAGGCACUUCCCAAAUACAGCUCCAACAUUGAGCUGUGUAGGAAUCCACAUAAUCCAGGCCCAACCUCAAUCGCCCGUGCUGUUGCUAAGGCAAUGGCAGACCAAGGUCCUCCAGGAGAGACCACUCUGCAAAGAUCGGCUCUGCUGCAGGAGGAACUGAACAGUAGUGACUGUGGCUGGGCUCUGCUGGUAACCGAGUCAGAUCCUCAUGUUCUCAGUUGUCUGUUGUGGACCUGGCUGGACAAGUUAAGGGAGCCUGUUCUGAGUGCAGAGGAUGUAGACAGGUUGAGUUGUGGAGCAAACAACAGGAAGCCUCUCAGUGUCCUUAAGAAGCCACAAAGAGACACCAUCUAUUGUCUACUGAGCUGUGUGAGCAUGGUGACCAGCCUGUGUCCACACAGGGAGGAGGCAGUGCUGCACCGACUGAUGCGGACACUUACGAGGCGCCCCCAAGAGGAAGUGGCAGGCCUUGUAACCUUGAUGAAGGUCCUGAAGGCGAGCUUGAAAGAGACCACCCACAACUACAGACACCUCACGAGGGCCUGUAGCACCAAUGCCACACUUUAAACAGCAGAGUCCAUAUAGGAAGAAAAACAAACAGAGCAGUUUUAUUUUAUUAUAAAUGUUGGUGGUAUUUCAUUCUAGGUACCUGAUUUUGAGCAAAAUUGAAAGGUGUUUGGCAGGAGACAUUUUGACAUGUCGCAGGAUUUCCAUUUAGCUGCUUCAGUUCAGGGUUUUGGUAAUGUGCAUGUUGGCUCACUGUCAACACCUUCAUGCUUCUGUGCUUUUCCUAUGAAGUCUUUUGGAGAAAAGGAGGUGAGAUUUGGCCUCUGGAGUGAAUGUGGAUUCAACACCACCUGUCUAUUUUUUUUCUUUUAGAUAUAUCAAAUAAAUAUGCCAACCAUGUAACAAGAACCAAUGACCUCCCCACUCCUGCCUCAGCCUAAGUUGAAUGUCUCUACUUCAGACUGCUCUCUCUGACACUAAAAAUGUAUUUGUGUUGUUUUCUUGCUCACAUUUUAACACGGUACCAGUACUCACAGAGGACAAUAAAAGUAUUAAAAUGUGCUAGUCACUUUAAAAGGAGCACAAUAUGAUUUAGUAGAUACAAGUUUUGACUGAAGUCUUUAUGUCUGUCAUUUUCAAGUAUUUAUUUCCUGCUGUAAACGGCUGGUACAAAGUCAGUGUUCUAUGGUUACAGUGAAUUAAGAGGAUUGUUCUCUCAUCAGCUCAUAUUUGAACAUGGAGGGAUCCUUGAAACCAAAAUUAAAUAGACUUUGAGCAACAGAGGUUCAUGUAAGCUACUAUAGUAUUAGAAAAUUAGGUCCAAACUGUGUUCAGAGUAUGAUCCUGUG